AUGUCGACUACGCUGCGUUUCCCACUGAAGAAAUAUCUCAGAUCGUCGCAAAUAGACGCGCAACACUGGUCAACGUUCAUUUCUCCAUCGAUGGCCGCAACGCUGGAGAUCUCGCACGCGGAGAGAGAUGGGCGAGAGGGGGAAAAGGGGAGGCUGACGGUUUGCAUAACGUAUGAGAGUGGUAGCGUUGAUACGAUGGUAAAGUCGAAACUUGGUGUGCUCAAUGCGCCAUUAAACGAGUCGCAGGAAACAGUGGAGAUAGGUACAGCAUCGCCCAAGGUGAUUUUCAAAGAGAAUAUAGUCAUGGUGAAGCAUUCCGAUGGCAGAUUCCAGAUAACAUUCACGACAAACGCCUCGGCUAUGGAGUUUGUAGGUCGUAUUCGAAGACUUGGAGUCGAUUGCGUCGCUGCCAAUGACACGAUUCCUCUGCUCAGAUGUGAAAAUGGGAAAAAGGAAAAUUUGAACAGAUUGAACAGCAUGUCUGGAGUGCCAUCAGCCAGCCAGUCAAGUACAUUUAUGCCUCCUCCGACACAAUUACAAACACAGACGCAAUUACAGCUCAGCCAGUCUUUGAGACACUCCCAAACGGGCUUCUCAGCCCCCUCUCCCAGUCAGAAACGUAGGAGAUGUAACUUGGUUGACUCUGGCACUACAUUUAGGGAGAUGGAAGGCGCUGAUAAUGUGAAUGUUAACGUCGAGAAUGACGAGCUGCUCACUGAAUCCAUUCUUCGAGUCGUGCGCGAGCCAGAUUUCGUCAGAUUGGUGGAGAAGCUCAGGACAAUAAAUGCACUCAAGCUGGAUGAGAGUUUUGCGAAACACAACUGA